AUGGACGGGCUCCCCCAGCCGCCGCAACCGCCGCCACCCCCGCCGCCUUCAGGCGGCGGCAAGGACGGCGGUUUAGGCUUCGAUAAUCCUGGGGAUGGGUUUGGUGGAGGCUUUCAACCCAGCAAUGGAGGCUACGCCUUCAGCGCGCCUCAAGGUGGCUAUGCACCAGGCUACGGCGUCCCUCCAGGCGGAUAUCCACAGCCAGGCGACAUCUCGUAUGGAGGCGGCUUCGCCGCACCCCCUCCUCCACCUCAAGCUGCUGGAGCCGCCGGCUAUGGCGGUUAUCCAGCUGGAUAUGACAUGUACCAGCAAGGCUACCAACCACCUCCUCCAGCAGCCAACUAUGGCGGCAGCUACAGUAGCUUCGAUGGAGGUCAGAGAAGGGAGUUUGAUGGACGAGACCGGGACCCCGGAAGGGAUGGCGGUCGCGACGGUGGCCGCGACGGCCGCGGAUUCGAUGGCAGGGGUCCUGAUAGAGGCGACAGAGGUUCAGACAGAGGCGACAGAGGGAGAAGAGACUUCGACAGACCCGGAGGCGACAGAGGCGGUGGCCGAGACUACGAGCGACCUAGGGACUUUGACAGAGGAGAUAGAGGCCGGGGCUACGACGAUCGAGGGCCCGACCGAAGAGGAGAUGGUGGGAAAGGGCAAGACUUCGGAGGAAAGGGUGGAUAUGGUCGGGGAAUUCCCCUCCCAGAGCCCGUUGAGCUGCAGCUGAAGAAUCUGCCUCUCGAUGCCACGGAAGCAGCUCUUAGGAGCCUCUUCAUGGGGAAGGGUCUGACGUUCGACUCCGUGGAGUUCCAAGUCACGGCCAACAUGAGAGUCUCUUCUCAGUCGCAGGCUGAGAAGGUCAUCCAGGCAUUCCACAUGUACAAAAUCGCGGGACGAUCCAUCGAGUGCGUCCAAGCGCAGGAUCCUGGCUCCAGGAGCCGUCCACGCAGCCGGCGACGCGAGCGCAGCCGCAGUGCACCUCGCCGCUCACCGCGCCCGGAGAUGCGAAGGGACCGCAGCCGCACUCCCCCGCGUGGGGGCGGCGGAGGAGGCGGCCGAGAUAGAAGUCGGAGCCCUCGACAACGCCGUGGUGACGCCUUUUUCGACAAGGGAGGUGGCCGUGGUGGAGGCGGAGGAGGCGGCGGUGGCCGCGAUGACGGCCGAUCGCGAGGCUCUGUUCUUAAGUACGAUGAAGAGAAAGGUUUUGGCUUCAUCAAACCUGACCGCGGCACCGAGGAUAUUUUUGUUCACUUCUCCAACUUGCCUCGCGAGUACCAGCGCAAUGGAACGCAAGUCCUUCAAAGUGGAGACCGGGUGAUCUUUGACCAGGAGAUCGACCCGAAGAAGGGCAAGCUCUGCGCCAAAAACGUGCAGGUGGAAGGAAGCGGCGGUGGCGGUGGUGCAGGUGGCCCUCGUCCUGGAGGGGGCUUCGGAGGCGGUCCCAGUGGAGGAGCACCCCCGGGUCUCAAGCAGGGAACUGUUUCCAACUGGGAUGGCGAGAAGGGCUUUGGCUUCAUCAAGGUGGACGGAGGAGGAGAUAAAGACUUGUUCGUGCACUUCUCCUCACUGCCCCGCAACUAUCAACGGGGAGGCGAUUCCACUCUGCGACAAGGUGAUCGCGUGACAUUCGUUGAGGCUUUCGAUGAUGCCAAGGGCAAAAGCUGCGCAAAGAACGUCCAGGUGGAAGGAGGUUCUGCCGGCCGAGGGAUGCCCAUGGGUGGUGGCAUGGGCGGUUGCGCCGGCAAGGGCAAAAUGGGCGGCGACAAAGGCGGAGGCAAAGGUGGCGGCAAGAGUGACGGAGGCGGAGGAGGAGGAGGAAGGGGGAUCAUGUCGGCGGAGAGGCGUAGGCAGCUCUUCGAGUCUGCAGACGAGUCGCCCUCCCCACCGCGACGGCCGCCGCCAAGGCAGAGCAGUCGAAGUCCCUCUCGAGGAUCAAGGUCUCCUCCCAGAAGGAGGUCGGCAAACUUCAGCUCGGAUCCCGCGAACGCAGGAGGCUUUGGAGAUCCUCCGGUAGAUGGCGGAGGUAUGGGCGGCGAUUAUCGGGGCCCUCCUGAAGGUGGUCUUGGCGACGGAGGUAAUCCUCCCUAUGACGGCAUGUGA